AAAGAACAUUGGCGCCCCCCCAAAACCCUAAAUAAGCCCCUCUAACCUCUCGCCAAGUUUCUGUGUGCGCAGAAAGCAGCAAAGAUGCAGAUCUUCGUGAAAACCCUGACGGGUAAGACAAUAACGCUAGAGGUCGAGUCGUCGGACACCAUCGAUAAUGUGAAGGCGAAGAUCCAAGACAAGGAAGGAAUACCGCCGGACCAGCAGCGGCUGAUAUUCGCAGGGAAGCAACUGGAAGAUGGCAGAACCCUAGCCGAUUACAACAUCCAGAAGGAGUCGACCCUCCAUCUGGUUCUGCGACUCAGGGGAGGAGCCAAGAAGAGGAAGAAGAAGACUUACACGAAGCCCAAGAAGAUCAAGCAUAAGAAGAAGAAGGUGAAGCUGGCUGUCCUCCAGUUUUACAAGGUGGACGAUUCUGGGAAGGUCCAGAGGCUGAGGAAGGAGUGCCCCAAUGCCGAGUGUGGUGCCGGCACUUUCAUGGCCAACCACUUCGAUAGGCACUACUGCGGUAAGUGUGGCCUUACCUACGUUUACCAGAAGUCUGGUGGGGAUUGAGCCUCUCUGUCAGAUUCAUACAACAACUUGGAGAGGGAAGAGAGCGAUCCAGAACCUUCUUUUAGAUUUUAAUUUUACCAUCGGCUUUAUAUUGUCAUUAUUAUGCUUUUUUUAUGAAAUCGCUUAAUUUCAAAUUAACGAAAUUUAGGAGUUAUGUAAUUUAGUAAUUUUAUUUUGAAGAUCGAUGAUGUUUUUAAUAUUGAGCUUCUGAAAUGAAUUCGGUUUUCCGUA